AUCGACUUGGUGCGUGCCAUUGCCACCCGCCUCACCCGCUUGUCCUCCUCCCUCACCUCACCUUCGCGACAACCCCUUCUCCUGUGGAUAUUACACGGAAGCGAUGGCAAACCCUUAUACGAGAGCCCCGCCGCUAGGCUCCGGCUCGUCGAAGGCUCUUGGUGACAAAGACCCUUUCUAUGGAUGGCUGCCUAGGCGCAUUAAUGCGGAGCAAGUGCAGAAGGCGAUGGCAGGAGAUGUGAACCCGUUCACGAAGCAACCUCACUCUGCUCAGUACAAGAAAAUUCUCGAGACGCGCAAAAAGUUGCCAGUGUUCGCGCAGAUGAGCGAGUUUUUGAGAAUGUUCAGCGACAACCAGAUCAUAGUCAUGGUGGGAGAGACUGGAUCAGGAAAGACAACACAAAUCCCGCAGUUCGUUUGUUAUUCCGACCUCCCUCAUACGAAAGGCAAACUCAUCGCGUGUACACAACCUCGCCGAGUAGCUGCUAUGUCCGUAGCCAAGCGAGUGGCAGAUGAGAUGGACAUGCCAUUGGGAAAGCAGGUCGGCUACUCAAUUCGAUUCGAGGACAUGACAGAACCGGGAACCACCUUCCUGAAGUACAUGACUGAUGGUAUGCUUCUCCGGGAAGCCAUGAAUGACCCGGACCUGACCCGAUACUCGACCAUCAUUUUGGACGAGGCCCACGAACGCACGCUUGCCACGGAUAUCCUGAUGGGUCUAUUGAAGGCGCUAGCAAGGCGCCGUGCCGACCUCAAAAUCAUCGUCAUGUCUGCGACCCUUGACGCGCUCAAGUUCCAGAAGUACUUCUCCGUCAGCAAGGGCGGCGAGCCUGCUCCCUUGUUCAAGGUUCCUGGACGAACACACCCAGUUGAGGUCUUCUAUACGCAAGACCCGGAGCCAGAUUAUGUCGAGGCCGCAAUCCGUACUGUGCUCAUGAUCCACCGCGCGGAGGAACCCGGCGACAUCCUGCUGUUCUUGACAGGUGAGGAAGAGAUCGAGGACGCGUGCAAGAAGAUCAAGCUUGAGGCGGACGAUCUGCUUAACCAGGAUCCCGACAGCGUCGGCCCCCUCGUCUGCAUUCCCCUCUACUCUUCCCUCCCGCCACAGCAGCAGCAGCGCAUCUUCGAUCCGGCCCCUACGCCGCGUAUGCCGGAUGGCCCUCCCGGGCGGAAGAUCGUCAUAUCGACGAACAUCGCGGAGACGUCGCUGACAAUCGACGGUAUUGUGUAUGUCGUUGACCCCGGCUUCUCCAAGCAGAGGGUGUACAAUCCACGGAUACGUGUCGACUCGCUGCUCGUCAGUCCGAUUUCCAAGGCGUCGGCACAGCAGAGAGCUGGUCGUGCCGGUCGUACGCGCCCGGGCAAGUGCUUUAGGCUGUACACGGAGCGUGAUUUCAUGAAGGAGCUGGAGGAGCAGACACAUCCUGAAAUCUUGCGGAGUAACCUCGCGAAUACGGUGCUGGAGUUGGUCAAGCUGGGUAUCAAGGAUCUCGUCAAGUUCGAUUACGUCGAUGCGCCGGCACCGGAGACACUCAUGCGUGCUCUUGAACUGCUCAACUACCUGGCUGCGCUUGAUGACGAUGGCAAUCUCACACCGCUCGGUGCCAUCAUGGCCGACUUCCCACUUGACCCCCAAAUGGCGAAGAUGCUCAUUGUUAGCCCUGAAUUCAACUGCAGCAAUGAGAUCCUCACCAUCGUCGCGAUGCUUUCGGUGCCGAACGUCUGGCUGCGGCCGCCAAACCAACGGAAAGAAGCGGACGCUGCCAAGGCCAUGUUGACGGUCCCCGAUGGCGACCAUCUUACGUUGAUGAACGUCUACAACAACUAUCAGCAAAAUUCGCACGACAGGGGCUGGGCAUGGAACAACUAUCUCUCCCAGCGUGCACUGCAACAGGCAGACAAUGUACGAUCGCAGCUGCAGAGGAACAUGGAGCGCUUCGAGAUCGACCUCGUCACGACGGCCGACCCGAAGCGGCUGCACAUGAAUGUGCGGCAGGCGCUUGUGUGCGGUUUCUUCAUGCAGGUCGGCCACAAGGAGGGCGAGAAGGGCCAGUACUUCACGGUGAAGGACAACCAAGUCGUCAACUUGCACCCGUCAUGCGGGCUGGACAACCAACCCGAAUGGGUCAUCUUCAACGAGUUUGUGCUCACGACCAAGCCGUACAUCCGGACGGUUACAGAUGUUCGGCCUGAAUGGCUGUUAGAGUACGCUCCGAACUAUUUCGACCUGUCCAGUUUCCCAGAUGGCACCGAGACGAAGCGCGCAUUGCAGCGCAUCGCCAACAAGCGGUCCCGCAAGAAUGCACCACCAGAGAGUUCGUCUAAUGGCAAAGGCGACCGCCCAUCCAAGCGUGCUAAGAAAGCAUAUUGAAUGCAUAGUCAUGCUGUAAUCUGUUACUCGGUAGCGAUAUGUAGAGCCGAUUCAUGGCUUGGCUGUAGAUUAGUAGUUGUCUUGCAGGUUGUACUGUCGAUCCCCACGCAAGCGUUUCGUUUGUGCUAUGGCUGCUCUGCUGCUCUGUCUACCAGAGUAUAUGCACGGAAUAGUCACACAUGUAACAUAUUCUAUUUCAAGGCGUAUGGAUGGCCGUCGCAGCAGUGCCUACUUUGUGGUGAGAUGACACUCGAGCGACUAUCAGGGCCACCGCCUACCAUAGCGGCUCACCGGCAGUACUUGUCGUCACCUGGCCCUGCUGAAC